AUUUUUCUAAUAAUAAUAAUAGGAAAUUAAAAUUUGUGUAACGCGCACGUUUUUUCAUAAAUAUUAUCACAGUUGCGAUUUGUGAAUUUGAUCAUGUAUUGAGGAUUAUUAACAAAAUGAUGCGAAAAAACUCACAUUUCUGUUUUUAAGUAGCCUGCCCUUAUGUUACCAAUGACGCCAUAUAUAUUAACCAUAGCGAUCAACCACCAUCACGUGUUGUGUAAAAUGUGUUGAUUUGCAAUAAGAAUACAGUGAAAUCCUGUUAAUUUCUUAUCUGCAAUAAGAAUUGUUAAAACGUAGUGGCAAAUGAAUUUCCUUUUUAUUAUUUUUGCUCAAAACAUGGUCAUUUUCAUCAUAGGUCUGUCUAAAGAAACUCUCGAGAAAAGCUUUCUUGCAAGUGGAUGAACAAUCUGGAUUUAAUCUGCUCCAGGCCGCUGUCUUUGAAGGAAAAUACAACAUUGUUUUAAAAGCAAGUGGCCUUUUUGACAACUUUGUAGAAGAGAUGGAACUUACAAAAACGGGAAAAAACGCCAAAGAAUUUGUAGGAAAAACGGCAGUUGACUUCUUGUCUCUUAGAAAGAGAAAAAACCAAUUUCGUGUUGAUAUAAUUAGGAUUUAUGAAAAGUUGGCUGAGGACAAGAGCAGACUGACUGAGCUGCAGUGGGGUACAUGCAAUGAUGAUGUCGAACAGGCAGUUGAGCUUGUAUUAAAUGAUGGUGAAGAUGUCAAUGCCCCAGGGUCAAACAAUGAUUGCACAGCUUUGCUGCAGGCGAGUCGUUCAUCCUCAAGUCAGUUUAUUGGGACCCUUAUUGAUCUUGGGGCCGACGUUAAUGCCCAAAGGAGAGAAUACAAAGAAACGCCACUAAUGUUAGCAGCUGAGUGGAACAACUGCAUGGCAGCAAGCUUAAUUGUAAGGCAUGGAGCUGAUGUAAAUGUCCAUAUUAGUAAUGGGUGCACGCCACUGCACGUUUCAGUCAAUAAAGGUCACGAAACCCUCUGUAGAUUGUUACUUAAACACAACGCAAAGGUUAAUAUUCAAAAUACUUAUGGAAAAACACCCCUCCACCAAUCAUUCUUAACAGGUAACGAAAACCUCUGUAGACUGUUACUUGAACACAAAGCGGAUGUAAAUGUUCAAGAUAAUCAUGGAUAUACACCCUUGCACUGGUGUGCCAGAGAGGCCAACGAAAACCUCUAUAGAUUGUUACUUGAACACAAAGCGGAUGUAAAUAUUCAAGAUGAAGAUGGAUAUACACCCUUGCACUGGAGUACUAGAAAGGGUAACGAAAACCUCUGUAGAUUUUUACUUGAACAUAACGCGGAAUUAAAUAUUCAUGAUUAUCAUGGAUAUACACCCUUGCACUGGUGUGCCAGAAAGGGCAACGAAAACCUCUCUAGAUUGUUCCUCGAACACAAAGCGGAUGUAAAUACUCAAGAUGAAGAUGGAUAUACACCUUUGCACUGGUGUGCUUUAACGGGGGACGAAAACCUUUGUAGACUGAUACUUGAACACAACGCGAAUGUAAAUAUCCAAGAUAAAGAUGGAUAUACACCCUUGCACUGGAGCGCUAGAAAGGGAAACGAAAACCUCUGUAGAUUGUUACUUGAACAUAGCGCGGAUGCAAACACUCAAGAUGAAGGUGGAGGUACACCCUUGAGUUGGUGUGCCUUAAAGGGUAACGAAAACCUCUGUAGAUUGUUACUUGAAUACAGAGCGGAUGUAAAUAUUAAUGAUAAAGAUGGAUAUACACCCUUGCACAGGUGUACCAGAAAGGGUGACGAAACCCUCUGUAGAUUGUUACUUGAACAUAACGCGGAUGUAAAUCCUCGAGAUGAAGGUGGAUAUACACCCUUGCACUUCUGUGCCUUAACGGGGAACGAAAACCUCUGUAGAUUGAUACUUGAACACAACGCGGAUGUAAAUACUCAAGAUAAAGAUGGAUAUACACCCUUGCACUGGUGUACUUUAACUGCGAACGAAAACCUCUGUAGAUUGAUACUUGAACAUAACGCGGAUGUAAAUAUUCAGGAUGAAGGUGGAUAUACACCCUUGCACUGGAGUACUAGAGAGGGUAACGAAAACCUCUGUAGAUUGUUACUUGAACAUGACGUGGAUGUAAAUAUUCGAGAUAUUCAUGGAUAUACACCCUUGCACUGGAGUACUAGAAAGGGUAACGAAAACCUCUGUAGAUUGUUACUUGAACACAAAGCGGAUGUAAAUACUCAAGAUGAAGAUGGAUAUACACCCUUGCACUGGUGUGCUUUAACGGAAAACGAAACCCUCUGUAUAUUGUUACUUGAAUACAAAGCGGAUGUAAAUACUCAAGAUGAAGGUGGAUGUACACCCUUGCACUGGAGUACUAGAAAGGGUAACGAAAACCUCUGUAGAUUGUUACUUGAACACAACGCGGAUGUAAAUACUCAAGAUGAAGGUGGAUAUACACCCUUGCACUGGUGUGCUUUAACGGAAAACGAAACCCUCUGUAUAUUGUUACUUGAAUACAACGCGGAUGUAAAUACUCGAGAUGACGAUGGAUAUACACCCUUGCACUGGAGUACUAGAAAGGGUAACGAAAGCCUCUGUAGAUCGAUACUUGAACACAAUGCGGAUGUAAAUACUCAAGAUAAAGAUGGAUAUACACCCUUGCACUGGUGUACUUUAACUGGGAACGAAAACCUCUGUAGAUUGAUACUUGAACAUAGCGCGGAUGUAAAUAUUCAAGAUGAAGGUGGAUAUACACCCUUGCACUGGAGUACUACAGAGGGUAAUGAAGACCUCUGUAGAUUGUUACUUGAACAUGACGUGGAUGUAAAAAUUCAAGAUAAAGAUGGAUGUACACCCUUGCACUGGAGUACUAGAAAGGGUAACGAAAACCUCUGUAGAUUGCUACUUGAACACAAAGCGGAUGUAAAUACUCAAGAUGAAGAUGGAUAUACACCCUUGCACUGGUGUGCUUUAACGGAAAACGAAACCCUCUGUAUAUUGUUACUUGAAUACAACGCGGAUGUAAAUACUCAAGAUAACGAUGGAUAUACACCCUUGCACUGGAGUACUAGAAGGGGUAACGAAAACCUCUGUAGAUUGUUACUUGAACACAACGCGGAUUUAAAUAUUUAUGAUGAUUAUGGAUAUACACCCUUGCACUGGUGUGCCUCAAUGGGGAACGAGAACCUCUAUAGAUUGUUACUUGAAUACAAUGCAGAUCUAAUUAUUUAA